AUUCAUUAACAAUAACAUUCAGUUACAUCACCACCGGUGACCUCAUUACAGGCUUUGAAGAUCCUUUAAUCUUUGUGAGGUGACUGAGGUGCAUUUGAUUAAAGCUGUUCUAAAAAAUAAAAAUCCUGCAUUCAUGUAGACAGUUACAAGUCACAUGAUCGAUCUGCUGAGAUCUACUAAAAGUGAUGUCAGACAGUUGUGACAACACUGAUGCCUGCAACACAAGCAGUGAGAGCAGUCAGCGCAUGGAUUUUGAGAAUUCAACAGCAAAGGACAAUGACAACAAGGAGGAGCAAGAGGAUGAGAAGCCUGGAUCCAGUGACAAUGUACAAAGCAGCAGCAACGAUACACAAAACACUGAUGUAAAUGACGGGUUGAGGGGUCAAACUGAAGAACUUGUGAUAAAUCAAACACAAAAAACUGAAACAGAUUACAAUGGAGAGUCCGAAGCCAAUUCCGAAUGGAGUCACCAUUUGGAAAAUCAAAGAAUCAGUAACCAGGAAGAAAUUGAGGGUAUGGAAACCAUAUGUACUCAGGCAGACGUUGAUGCAACAGAAAGUAACAGUACCAAAACUGAAAUCGAGGAAACAGAGAGUAUCAACAGCCAGACAGAAAGUAUAGUACCAGAAAGUAUAAAUACCCAGAUGGAAGAUGAGACAGCAGAAAGUAAUAGUACCCAGACAGACAAUGAGGCAACAGAAAGUAUAAACACCCAGACAGAUAUUGAGGCAACAGAAAACAAUUGUACUCAGACAGAGGCUGAAGUGACCGAAAGUAUAAACACCCAGACUGAAAUCGAGGUGUCAGAAGAUAUUUGUACCCAGACAGAUACUGAGGCAACAGAAAAUAAUACCACCCAGACUGAAAUUGAAGCAACGGAAAAUAAUGCAACCCAGACAGAGGUUGAAGCAACGGAAGGUACAAACACCAGGACAGAUAUUGAGACAACAGAAAACAACAGUACUCAGACAGAGGCUGAAACGACCGAAAGUAUAAACACCCAGACUGAAAUUGAGGUUUCAGAAGAUAUUUGUACCCAGACAGAUACUGAUGCAACAGAAAAUACUAGUACACAGACAGAAGUUGAAUCAACGGAAAGUAUAAACACCAGGACAGAUAUUGAGGCAACAGAAAACAAUAGUACUCAGACAGAGGCUGGAGUGACCGAAAGUAUAAACACCCAGACUGAAAUUGAGGCAACAGAAAAUAGUAGUACCCAGACAGAAGUUGACACGACAAAGAGUAUUAACACCCAGACUGAAAUCGAAGCAACAGAAAAUAAUGGUACCCAGACAGAGACUGAAGCAACCGAAAGUAUAAACACUCAGACUGAAAUCGAAGCAGCAGAAAAUAUUAGUACCCAGACAGAGGGUGAAGCAACACAAUGUAUAUUUACCCAGACCGAAGUUGAGGUGACAGAAAAUAUAAACAUACUGACUGAAAAUGAAGCAACAGAAGAUAAUGGUACCCAGACUGAUGUUGAGGAAAAAGAGAGUAACAGUACCCAAACACAAUUUGAGGCAACAGAAAGUAUAAACACUCAGACUGAACAAGAAGCAACAGAAAAUAACAGUACCCAGACCGAGGUUGAAGCAUCAGGAGAUAAUAGUACCCAGACAGAAGGUGAAGCAACACAAUGUAUAUUUACCCAGACCGAAGUUGAGGUGAUAGAAAGUAUAAACAUACUGACUGAAAAUGAAGCAACAGAAGAUAAUGGUACCCAGACUGAUGUUGAGGCAAAAGACAGUAACAGUACCCAAACAGAAAUCGAGGGAACAGAAAGUAUUAAUACUCAGACUGAACAAGAGGCAACAGAAAAUAACAGUACCCAAACAGAGGUUGAAGCUUUAGAAAGUAAUGGCACCCAGACGGAGACGGAAGUGACAAAAGAUAGUAGUACCCAGGUGGAUGAUGAAGUGACGGAACAUAGUGGUACCCAGACGGAGUUUGGAGUUUUAGAAAAUAAUAGUACCCAGACGGAAGAUGAAGCGACAGAAAAUAGUGGUACCCAGACGGAGGUUGAAGCUUUAGAGAAUAAUACUACCCAGACAGAAGAUGAAGCUACAGAAAGUGUUAACACUCAGACUGAAAAUGAGGUGACAGAAAAUAAUUGUACCCAGACAGACACCGAAGCCUUGGAAAACAAUAGUACUCAGACAGAGUAUGAAGCAGCAGAAAGUAAAAUCACCCAGACUGAAAAUGAGGUGACAGAAAAUAAUUGUACCCAGACAGACACCGAAGCCCUGGAAAACAAUAGUACUCAGACAGAAAAUGAAGCAGCAGAAAGUAAAAUCACACAGACUGAAAUAGAGGUGACAGAAAAUAGUAGUUCCCAGACGGAAGUUGAGGCAACAGAACACAAUAGUACUCAGACAGAAGUUGAGGCUACAGAAAAUAAUAGUACCCAGACAGAAGUGGAGGAAGAAGAAAGUACACAGACAGAAAAUCAAAGUACUCAGACGGAAGUAGAAGCGAGGGAGAGUAUUAACACGCAGACGGAACUUGAGUGGACAGAAAAUAUUAGUACCCAGACAGACACUGAGGUGACCAAAAGUAAAAACACCCAGACAGACAUCAAGGUUAAAGAAAAUGUGACCCAAACAGAAACUGAGGUAAUGGGAAGUAAGAGCACCCAAACCAAAUGUGAGGAUACAAAAAGUGUGAUCACCCAGACAGAAUACGAGGUAACACAAAAAACGACUCAGACAGAAGUAGUGGAAAGUAUUAGCACCCAGACAGAAAUUGGGACAGAAAACGGCGACAACAGGAGCCACCUUACUACUCCAGUGCUACAUUAUUUCUUAUCACCUCAUGCACGAACCAGAGUAACAGGAAGCAAGGCUACAGAAGGUAUGAUUACUCAGAUAGGAACUACCGAGAGAUGGAAACCUAGUUUGGGAAGUAGGAGCACCAAAUCCGAUGAUAGAUACUGCCUCAGGGUUAACACUGGAACUAAGAGCACCCAGACAGAAAGCAAAGACAGAUCAAGCUUCAGUCUGGGGGCAGGAAGUAAGUGCACCCAGACUGAAGCAGGGGAUAGAUGGGGUUACAUUUUAAGGACAGGAAAUAAGAGCACCCAGACAGGAAAAAUAAAAGCUGCAGAACAAGAGGGUGAUGGGCCUAAAACCACCAAAGUAAAAGCUGUGAAGCACAGGCAGGAAGAGCCAAAAACCUGUGACCCUAACAAGGAGUUGACAAGACGACAGAUCCACCAAAUGCCAAAUGAUGGGAUAAGAGCAGAGAAAAACAAGUGGGAGGAGCAUAAACACAAAAUGACAUGGAUUGGCAACAGGACUAUAGGAAAUAGCAGCAGUCCAAUGCUGGGUGCCAGAGUAAAAGCCUUAAAACAUGAGAGGAUGCAGCCAAAAAGCUGUACUACAGUAAUUCCUUUGGGGUUGUCAGGAAGUAACCACAACCAGACAUCAAGUGCAAGAAUAAAAGUCACAAAAUAUAAGAAGGAAGAGACUAAACAUUUUGAUAGGGACGGUUACGCAGCACCAACAGGAAGUAAGCACAGCCAGAUAGUAAAUAUCAAAAUGAAAGCUGAGAAAUAUGAGAGGGAGGAUCCCAAAACUCGAGUCAAAUGGAUUAGUGGUAUAGUGGGUAGUAAUGGCCAAAUUCUAGGUUCCAAAAUACAACCUGACAAACGUGAGAUGGCAGCACUUAAAGCAAGCAAUACUGGAAGCCAUGGCGCGCCAACAGGAAGUAAGAGGCAAACUGCAAAAGUAAAGAGGGAAGACCGCAGACCCUGUGAUAAUGAAAGCUACAGUCGAUCCAAUCAAAAGCACACCACUAAAACAAAGGCUGAGAAAAAUGACAGGGAUGAGUCUAAAACCUGCAAAAAUGAAAACUACAAAUUGCCUAAUGGGAGUAGGCACGAUCAGAUGAACACAACUAAAAGAAAAGCCCAGAAAUAUGAGGAGGAGGAGCCUAAACACUGUGAUAGUAAAAGCCACAAUAUACCAACAGGAAGUAAGUCCAAAACUGCCAAAAAAAAGACUGAAAGGGAGAGGGAGGAGCCUAUAUCCUUUGACAGUCAAGGCUAUCGAGUGGAAGCAUUUAUCAGCAAAUGUGAUAAUGUGGCAACAAGAAGUAAGAGUCCAAAGCAUAAAUUAAAACAGGAAGAGGACCAGUCUCUCAUGAGAUGGAGCAGCAGUGAGGCAACAGGAAAUAAGAGUAGCCGAACACAGAACACCAAAAUAAAAGCUUUGAAACAUGAAAGGGAGCAGACUAAAAGCUGUGAUCAUGAAAGCAACAGAGUUGUGACAGGAAUCAAGGGUAACCAGAUGCAAAAGACCAAAAUAAAGGCUGUAAAACUUGAUAAAGAAGAGCCUAACGCCAGAAGGGUCAGCAGUGUGUUGACAGGAAGUAGGACUUACCAGACAGAAAAUAAUAAAUUGAAAGCAGGGAAACAUGAUAGGGGGGAGCCUAAAACCCGCCCUCAAAGAGGUCCAAACAUCGACAAGAGAAUGAUUGAACUCAAAAGUGACAUCAUGACCCUGAUCAGAAGCUUUGACAGCUUGAAGAUCUGGACGCCAACAGGAAACCAGUGUAGUGAUUCGGACUCUGACUUUGACUCAGAAAACUCUGCGUAUAAUGUUAGCUAUGACAGCCACACAGAGUCUUUGAAAUUGCGAGCACCCAUGGCAAUGCGAAAGGAGGAAGAGGAUGAAGAAGAGGAUGAUGAAGAAGAUGAGGAUGAUGAUGAAGAGGAAGAUGAGGAGGAGGAAGAAGAGGAAGAAAGGAAAAAGAAGAAAAGGAAGCACUGGUCAUUAUUUCAUUGGUUUAAACAUGGCCCUCCCCGUCGUGACUCUCGGGAUGACCUGCACAGGAUAUGAGUACCAAAAAUCAAGAGGUACACAAUGCCACUCUGGACUCUUGAGUUUAUGUGGCCCUGCUGGUCCAGAUGAGAUCAGGAUGUCGUCAGGUGGCCAACUGUAAAACUCAGUUCACUCGUGUCAUGGCUAAUGCUAGGGGAACAAUCCUCUUCGUGUGAGUGCAGACCUCUGGGUUCUUUAGCACCUUCUGGUUACCUGCUGAAGAUAUUCCAUCUGUGCUCGUACUGCUUCUUGCCAUGACUCCGUCCCCAGGUUACCGUUCAGGCUAAGCUUAGACUGAGAUUAAUCUGAACUUCAUGUUCAGGCUAAGUGUAACCAUGGCGGGACAGACAUUUAUCACAGAUUGUUGAUGAACCUUGUUGUUUAUGUAAAUAAAGCUAACCUGAACCUGAAUGAGAGACUUUGACCUCAUGGAUGCCGAACAGAUUCAGCUGUGAAGGGUGACUGAUGUCACACGUACAGUUUGUCAAUUUCACAGAAUGUAA